UAUUUCUUUCUUCUUAACACAUCUUUCAAUAUUACACUUUCCCCCAAAACUCACUCUUCUUCUCUAAAAAAUCCCAGUCAGAAAAAACCCCCCAAAACAAAAACUUCACUCCUCCUCAUGGCUCCAAUGAACGAGGUUCCAUUCCAUCGGGAAGGUAAACCCCAAAAAACAAAAUUUUUCUAAUCAAUUUCUACCCUUCUUUCUCUUUCCAUUUCACAUCUGCUCGUGUGAACCAAAAUAAAGUACGAAGAACACUGUUUUUGUUAAGCUUAAAUAGCGGGAGAUCAAAAAGGGAAGGCCAUGGAAGGAGGAGGAUCCAGUGGUAGCAGCUGUUCUUUCAUGGCUACUUGUAACAGUACCACCACCACCACCAACAACAACAAUUCUAACACUCCCAUGAUGAUGAUGUUCAAUAGUAAUAAUCCUCAAACAUUGGACGACAACAACAAUAACAAGAUGUUCUUGCCUUUGUCGUGGUCUUCUUCUACUUCCAACAAUAAUAAUAAUGCUCAAACUCAAAGGGUUUCUGCUUUUGUUCCUCAUCCUCAUACUAACAAUAAUGAUGUUCUUACUACUUCAACUUCUAAAGCGAAGAUUAUGGCUCAUCCUCUCUUCCCUCGCCUUCUCGCCGCUUAUGUCAACUGUCAAAAGGUGGGUGCGCCACCAGAAGUGGUGGCGAGACUAGAGCAGGCGUGUGCGGUGGCAACGGGAAGCUGUAGGGCGGCGGGACGUGGGGAUGAUCCAGCAUUGGAUCAGUUCAUGGAGGCUUAUUGUGAGAUGUUAACCAAAUAUGAACAAGAGUUGACCAAACCUUUUAGAGAAGCAAUGCUUUUCUUCUCAAGAAUCGAGUCUCAGCUCAAAGCCUUGGCAGUUCCUUCUGAUGGUUUUGAGUUGGUCAGGCAAAACGAGUGCUCGAAGGAGAUUGAGGUCGAUAUGAACGAUAACUACAUCGACCCUCAAGCCGAAGAGAAGGAACUCAAAGGCCAGCUUCUACGCAAAUAUAGCGGAUAUCUUGGUAGCCUAAAACAAGAAUUUUUGAAGAAGAAGAAGAAUGGAAAGUUGCCAAAAGAAGCUCGACAACAGUUGCUCGACUGGUGGAGUCGACAUUACAAAUGGCCAUACCCCUCGGAGUCGCAAAAGGUGGCGUUAGCGGAGUCAACAGGGCUCGACUUGAAGCAGAUCAACAAUUGGUUCAUUAACCAAAGAAAGCGCCAUUGGAAGCCAUCAGAGGAUAUGCAAUUUGUGGUGAUGGAUGCUGCUCAUCCACAUUACUAUUUGGACAAUGUCAUAUGCAAUCCUUUCUCUAUGGACUGUUCUUCCACUCUUUUCUGAUGAGAUAUGUACCAUUUUAAUAUUGCUUUUGCUUAUGUUAAUUAAUGUCAUUUCCCAUUUUGUUUUA